GAUGCAACAGAAUACGACAGGAUACAACAAGAAUACAACAGGAUACAACAAGAAUACAUCAGGAUACAACGAAAAUACGACAGGAUACAACAAGAAUACAACAGGAUACAACGAAAAUACGACAGGAUACAACAAGAAUACAACAGGAUACAACGAAAAUACAACAGGAUACAACAAGAAUACAACAGGAUACAACGAAAAUACGACAGGAUACAACAAGAAUACAACAGGAUACAACGAAAAUACGACAGGAUACAACAAGAAUACAACAGGAUACAACGAAAAUACGACAGGAUACAACAAGAAUACAAAGGGAUACAACCAGAAUACAACAGGAUGCAAACAAGAAGACAACAGGAUACAACAAGAAUGCAACCGGAUACAACAAAAGAUUCUAAAUAA